UGUGUGUGUGUGUGUGUGUGAAUGAAUGUGCGUGUGAGUGUUUCUGUGGGGGCUUUGACAGAGUUGCAACCCUAGCGCAGCAGUGGGGUGCCUUUCCCUCCCACGAGACUUGACUUAAAGGCUCACAAGCUGACUGAUCAUAUGAUGUUGCCUUUAAGAGCCCAGAGGGGGUCUGUGACGUGCUUUGUGGUUCCAUUGUGCGUGAAUCCUUUUAUGCAACCUCUAGCGGUAUUCUCUACAGAAAGAGAAGUCUAUGACAUAUCUCCUAAAGAUAAUUCAUACACUGGGUUACACCAAAGACUGUGAUACACCUCAAGGCUGUUCAGUUAAAACCUCCGUGUAACCUAAUUACGAGAUGUCCACCUUUCAUACAACAGUGGAUAACAUUUCAUAGCCGCAACAUUUACAGCUGUAGCUUCUCCCUGAAGACAUCCCAGCAUCCUGACGUGUGGACUUACUGAGGGAGAAGCUAAUGGAGGAGGCAAACUUGUGCUCCUUACUAUCAAAUACUGGAGAUUCAGACAAUUCACAGUCUCAGUCAGAAUCAUGGACCUCUACAGAGCACCCAGAUCUCAAUGGCCAACAGGAGGCCAUUGCGUGGGAAGAGGUAGAGAUACAGAUGACCCAGAUGCAAUUAAGAGAACAACCCAAUCUUACCUUGAAGGAAGGACAACAAAGUCCUGAGGAGGCAGAAAACCAAUGGGGGGCAAUUGUUUGGCCAGUGUGCACCAUUGCCCGUCCUGCUGCCUCUCUUUCCAUUGCAAAAGUUCAGUGGGACAUGCCUGACCCCGCACUGGAUAUGUCUUCUUCUAUAACUGACAAAAGUUUAGCCGAUGACCUGGACAUUUGUGGAGUGGCUAGUCAAGACAGUAGUUACCUCUUUCUUCAGCAACAUUUCUUGAAUGAUCUUCCUUCACAGGAGGGCACAGAAAAACAAGAUGAACUUUUGAAUUGUUUUGAGAAGAUUGGAACUGUUACACAGUCAUAUGAUAUGGUGGCUACGGAUGAACAGACAACACAGGAAGAGAAGGAGCCAGCAAAGGAGCUGUUAACGGGAAAUAAUGAAAUACUGCAGAAGACAGACUUAGAGACACAUAAUGAUGGUGAAGUUGAUACAGGACCUGACAAGUCACCUUUAGAGCCCAAAGAGAUUAUAAAACCAGAACCUGGGGCGAAGAUGGAGGGGACUUCAGAUUUGACAUCAGAAGAAGAACAGAAGCAGUUUGACAUUCUGCUUAAUGAAAGAACCGACUCAGCAGUAGAGCCUUGGUGCCCUACUACGUACACUGUGGAGACUGGAGAGAAGAGUGAGGAUGUAGUUGUAGCAUAUGAGGAUCAGACUAUGACAAUUGCAGACUGUAAUAAAGAACAUGAAGAGCCAUACACUGUCAUCAUCAGCUGUCCAAGAGAUUUGAUGACAUUUGGAGAGCAACUAGAAAAUGACCACAUUGGACCAACAAUGAUGUCAGAUUGCCUCAUUCAUUUAGAACGAUCAGAGGAGUCGAAGGAACGGAGACAGUCAGGAAACAACACAAGGCCUGAACAUAAUCUACUAGACCUGAAAUGGUUCACAAAUCAGACUGAGCAGCCAGCAACAUGUGAAGAUGUAGAUUGCAAGGAGCAUCCUGAAAAGUCAGGGGGCACUCAACAACCAGAACACAGUGAAGAUUCUCAGUUACAGGGGACAGAAAAGGAAGAGGAGCCAAUAGACAAAGAGAAGACAGAAAAUGAAGAGGGGACGGAGGAGGAAUGGAGCACAGAGGAGGAAGAGGGGGCAGAGGGUGAAGGGGGUAAAGAAGACUGUCAGAAGAGAGUAAAACAGACUCCACAGCCAGAGCACAUGGACUGUGUAGAUCAGCAGUCGAAGCAAACACAGCUUUCUGGACAAACGGUGGCUUCUGAAGAAAUACAACCUUCAGUGCAACUAGGAAAGACUGAACAGUUGGAACAAAUCAAAAAGUCAGAUCAAAGAAACUUGUUUUACCAGACAGUUAAAUAUUUUGACCAGCCUGUGCAAUCACAACAUCUUGAUCAAUCUUCACAGAUGAAACAGCCACAAACAUCACAACAAACUGAAAAGGCAGACGAGAUGAUACAUUAUUGGCAGUCAGAUGGAACAGAAUGCACCGAAACCACAGGGCCAGAAAACCCCUUAGUAGUGACAGAACAGCCACAACAAAUGGGACAGUUGGAGCAGACUGAGCCCACAUGGGCCCCAAAGCCAUCAAUACUUUCAGGGACGUCAGAAGAACCUGACCAGAGAGAUCAGUCAAAAAUAACAGAACUGAAAUCUGUUGAGAGUGAAGAUUCAGAAUGGAUAGCUGAAACUGAGUUGACAGAUGAACAGACAAAUAAGACACAGCAGGUACAAUGCACAAACGAUGCAACUCAGCAAAUUGCAAUGAUGAAUGGAGAACAGUCCAACUCCUCUGAGACAGUGGAGUCUGAUAUGGAUGGAGAUGAGGUGGACAGAGAGAAGGUAUUUUGCUUGGCUGAUAGGCUCCAAAAGUUGGACGGGAUCCAACGCAAAGAUGUGGUCAAAUACUUGGAUAAAGAUAAUAACUUCAGUCGAGCUGUUGGAAAGGCGUACCUCAAAUUCUUUGACUUUACUGGACAAACUGUGGACCAUGCCCUGAGGUCUUUCCUGAAAGUAGUGAUAUUGAUUGGGGAGACCCAGGAAAGAGAACGAGUGCUGCAGCAUUUUGCGUACCGCUUCCAUCAGUGCAACCCCCAGUCCUUCUCUUCAGUAGGGGCAGUGCUGACUCUUACUUGCGCUUUGAUGCUUCUCAACUCCGACUUGCAUGGACAGAAUGUGGGAAAAGCCAUGUCAAAUUCUGAUUUUGUGUCCAACCUGGAUGGGAUGAAUGAAGGAGAGAACUUUAGCAAGGAUCUGUUAAAGGGUUUCUACUACUCCAUUAAGAGUGAGCCUUUGGAAUGGGCUGUUGAUGAACAGGAACUGAAAAGCUGUCUAUUACCGGAAGAAAAUACCAAAGAGAAUGCGAUGCUGCGCUCUAAGAGCAACCCUUUCCAGGAUGUGCCCCAUGACCAAGAGGCUAAGGUGUUCAAACGGGGCUUCCUCCAGCGCAAAACUCAUGCGGACAUUGAUGGCAAGCGCACUCCCUGGGGUAGGAGGAGCUGGAAGACUUUCUUUGGAGUGCUCAAGGGAAUGGUCCUCUACUUACAGAAGGAUGACUAUAGGAAGGAAUUCCACAGCAUAGAGGAGAUAGUAGGCCUUCACCACUCCUUGGCAGAACAGGCAGCGGCCUACACUAAGAAACCUCAUGUCUUCCGUUUGCAGACUGCAGAUUGGAGGGUCUUCCUCUUCCAGGCAUCCUCCAAACUGGAGAUGAGUUCAUGGAUCAACCGUAUCAACCUGGUUUCGGCUCUUCACUCUUCACCUCCUUUCCCUGCUGCUGUAGGCUCCCAGAGGAGAUUCUGUAGACCUAUUCUGCCUGCUUCACAGUCUGCUAACACUGUGGAGUGUCAGCUGCAGUCGCAUGCAGGAAUGCUUGAGUCGUUCCAGAAGGAUCUUGCCUUCCUAAGACAGAGCAUACCAGAGAGCCGUAAGGCCAAAGCCAAGGAAUUAGAGGAGUACCGCCAGAGGGAGGACUACUUGCAAUAUGAGAAAUGUCGCUAUGAGGUCUACAUCCAGGUGCUGGAGGCCUGGAGGAGCUUAAACCUGACAGCUGACACCGAUGUGGAGACCACUGAAUUUAACCUUUUUGACGGAGCCAUGUGUAAAGACUCCGCAGAAGAAGUCAUACUGAGUGAUGAGGGAGGGCUGAAAAAGUCUCACUCAAGCCCUUCGCUGGAGCUGGAGCUGGCUCCUCCACCUGUGGUCAAAGUCCGACGCAACAUUUCCGAAAGACGGACGUAUCGCAGGACCUUUAUUCCUCGGCUGAGUAAAGACAUCUGAGGGGUCUUUCACAAUGUGGCAACAUAACCGCUAAAGCGCUGUUAUUUCAUGGUCUAGGGAAAUGAGGAGUGUUAUGGUAUUGAUAUGCACUUUGGGUACUGAAGUCCGGAUAGUUUUACUUGUGAAGUAAUGCAGUUCAACAGAAAAGAUUGACUUGCAAGAAUAAUUGAGGAGGAUGAGAACCAUCAGUCGUACUUGGUCCCCCGAUGCCUCGGCAUGUUUUCUGUUCUUUUUCCAGUCACAGUUGCGUGUUUGAAUUUUCAAAAGACCGACCUCAAAUACUCUUUUGUUCAGCUAGUUAAAAAGGUCAAAUGCGUUUUCGUUUUCUAUGUUUAGUGAGUUAAACUAAACACAUGGACCUAAAAUGUUUUGCUUUGUAAUAGCUUUUCUUUAUCAUACUGGUAGUUUCCAUGUUUUCUUAAUUUGCCAUUGCAGGCUCGACGGCAUAAAGAGCCUUGUCAAGUUUCCGCCACAAGAGGGCACUGUGUUAGAAGAAAUGUAUAGGAAUGAAGGUACGAAUCCAAAGUGUGCUGUUACAGACAAGUAUUUUUAAAGUGGUGCGUUUGAAAUAAUCCAGCGGAUUCAUUCAGGAAUAAUAUGUUCAUCAGUGACGCUUAUGUUUCUGUUUGUUACAUUAUACACUUGAAGGGAUUCCUUUCUAGCGCCACUCAUCAUCCAUUUUUUUUUUACAUUGCUGUAGACGAUACAGUCUGUAAAAGUCUUCUAUCAUUUGUCAACCUAUCACCUUCUGAAAAGUAAAUUAUUAAAGAAUUGAU